CCAUCGCCUCAGUGCUCGGCUUGUGAUUGGCGCCGAGCGGCCACGCCCUUCGCUCUGCCGUUGCAGGGGAAUCGUGUGCCUGUGCCGCAGCGGCCUCAGACUGGAGAGCGGCCGGUAGGGACGGACUGGUCCAGGGUAGGCUCCCACUGUACAUCGCAGGAUUCAUAGCUUUCAGCAACCGACAGCCCCAGCAACAUGGCCAAGGAGGACAACAAGAGCCCGGAGCAGCCAGUGUCCGAGUGGAAGCAGUUCAUCUAUAACCCGCGGAGCGGGGAGUUCCUGGGCCGCACGGCGAGCAGCUGGGGUGAGGAGUCAUUCAUUGCUGGAGGGAGGGAGGCUGGGAGGGAGGGAGACAGGCAGCUGCUGGGCUGUCAGGGCUUUCAUCUAACAUGGAACGUGCUUCCACCAUGCGGGGCAAAUAUAGGGCAAAUACCUGACCUUUCAUCUCCUCAAUGGGCACACUAUAUAAUAAUUAUAAUAAACAGGGGGCACUGGGAAUAAUGGGAUAUAUUUAUAUAAAUAAUAAUAAUAAACAGGGGGCACUGGGAUUAAUGGGAUAUAUUUAUAUAAAAACCAGGGGGCACUGGGAAUAGUGGGAUAUAUUUAUAUAAUAAAAUUUAAAAAACUGGGCAAUUAGAAUAAUGGGAUAUAUUUAAUAAAUAAUCCGGGGGCACUGAGAAUAAUGAGUUAUAUUUAUAUAAUUCUAAUCAGGGGGCACUUGGACUAAUGGGAUAUAUUUAUAUAAAAACCAGGGGGCAUUGGGAAUAGUGGGAUAUAUUUAUAUAAAUAAUAAGCAGGGGACACUGAGAAUAAUGGGAUAUCUUUUUAUAUAAUCAAAAACAGGUGAUACUAAUAAUGGGGUAUCUUUUUAUAUAUAAAUAAGUCAGGAGGAGCAUCUCUGUCCAUAAACAUGUAUAGGAAGUCCUAUAUUUCUUAUACAGAAAGGGAGCACCAUUUUAAUACAUGUAUAUAAUAGGGAGAGAGCAUCACUUCCUUUCAUAGAGGAAAAAUGAGCAAAAUUAUAUAAUUCCUGUAUAUUUUAUGUACGGAGAAGGGAAGCUCUGCUGUAAAAUAUGUAUAUUUCUGUUUGUAUAGAGAAAUGGGGCAUCUCCCCUAGUAGGCAUGAAAUAGAUCUUAAUGUUUAAUUUUAUAUAGAGAAGAAAAAUCACUUCGCUAAAGAACGUGUGAAGGAAUAUAUCUCUAUCUCAGAUGAACAGAUGACUUUUGUAUGUUUUCCAAAAUUCUGUUAGUCUCCAAUAAAAGAGGUAUUCUAAAAUAUAAAUGUCAUCAAUUUUUAUUUUUUUUUUAUUUUUUUUUCUCACAUCUGUAUCAUUGGAAUAAUGCGCUACAAUGUCAUAUAGAUAUUUGGAGAGAGAGAUUUUGUGUUAUCUGUAUGUAUCUUUUAUGAGAAAUUAGUUCAUAUAGCCUAGUCAUUCAGGCAGUCCAUCAUUUGACUGUAUUAAUAACUAUUGAAAUGUCCCUAUCAUUUUCUGCGCAUUUAUGGAGAUAUCUUAACCAUUUGGGUGCUGUCUCUCUCUUCUGUAAUCUUUGAUCUUCUGCUAGUUCGUUAUGGGGUGGGGUUUAUUGUAUUCUGAUUUGUGGUCUUGGUACUAUCUUUUAAGUGUAGAUUGCAUCUCAUGCUAUGUAUGUGCAGCAGAUGUGGUGCUGUACAAUAAUGAAGAUGUGACUGUCACCAUUCUAGAGAACUGCAUGCCAGUUCUCAGUGGCUUUUGUUUUAUGGUGCAAGAUAAUAAAUGUAAGGUGCCAAUUUCCCAUUGCAGAUUUUUGGUUAAUCAGAGCUACCCAAGCACUGCAUUACUCGCAUAUGUGACUAUCCAUGUUUGAAAUAUUGACAUUUAGAUUGUAAGAUGAUAAACCUUUUUUUAAAUAACAAUUUUAGUGAUAGCUCUUUUUUUGGGCUGCUCAAGUGUCAUGAGAAUAAGUGGUGAAUUUGCGUCCAUCAUUUUGUGUAUGUGUGUGUGUGUGUGUGUGUGUGUGUGUAUCUCUAUCUCUCAUCUGAGACAUACAUUAUAUUCUGGGACGAAUGGCUUUUGCAGGCUCAGUACGUAGGCGAAAGACCUUAGUUGGAGGGUGACCUCUGGUGGAGGACCUUGGAAAGAGAUGAUGUUGGUACUGAAGCUUCUAACAUUUGUGUCCUAUCCCAGAGAUGGAAUUGCAGAUGGCUAAGGUCACUUGUGGGAUGCUCUUUAUGUAGAUCCUAAACAUUUGAUUGUGGGCAGGUGCUGUCCAGUAGGUGGCAGUGGGAACAUAUAGGGAUUUUGAUGAGCUUUGCACUUUUAUCUCCUUGAUUUAGAUGGGUAGAUUUUUAUUUUUAUUUUUUUUAUAUGUGGCUAAGGUGUGGUCAAAAGAUGGAAGUCUGUUGGACCUCAAAAAAAUAAUAAAAAAAUAUAUAAAUAUAUAUUUUCUAUCUAUCUUUGGUAUGCAGAGAUACUGCAUUAGAGAUCUAUAUUUCAACAUUCCUUCAGUUAUAUAAUUUUUGUUUUAAUGCAUAGAUGAAAUGCAGACUUCCUUUGGCACUAUAGUUAAUCCUUAGAAAGCACACAUUCUUUUACAUAUUGGUUGUUUCGUAAGAUAAUGUCAAUAUGAUCUUCUUACUGCGUCAACUCAUUGGUUAGCAAUGGCAAACCUUUCUUCAUGAUGCCCCAAGAGUUAAAAAUGGCAGCGAUGGGGAAGUCUCUGUAUCAGUGGUGUGACACAUUUCAUGGUGGAUAGGAGGAGGUGGGGGGCGCUUCUGAAGUCAGCCGCAUUGGAGGCUAAAAAUAGCUCUGUGUGUGACUGUCGAUGGGAGACAGUGGGAAGCGGGGGAAGGUCUGCCAUCUUCUGUAAAGACAACCGAUCCCUUCUCACCUCAAGAGUCUAGUUAUUGCUUCCCCCACCUUUAAUUUGGGAGGAGGGUUACAAUCUCAGGUCUGCAUGAGACAUAGUAUUUAGCGCUAGAUGAGGCAUCCUAGUUUUUAUAAUGAUAGAUGCAGUUGUCCUAUUCAUUCUGCAUCUCCUGGUUUGAAUGAAUCUCGUUGCCUUUCUGAGAAAGGGGGAUGGUCUGUCAUUUCCACAACUGCUGAUCUCCUGUGAAGAGCACAAUUGGUUUACCCCCUUUUCAGAUAAACUAGAGGAUUAAUCUUGCUUAAUCUAUUACUCCAUGUUUUUUCACUCGUCCAAAUACAUUCUGUAUUGAAUCUUAUUCUGUUCUUUCUCCAAUUUUUGCUAGUGUUAUGGUUUAAUUUAAUUUGAACAUUAUUUUCUUGGUUUCUAAACCAUUCUGUAACAAACUGCUAGCAAAAUACCAACAUAUUACUUUGUUUUAGGAUUUUUAACAAAUUUGUUGAUGGGUAGCACAAACAGCCUAGCAACGGUUUGCUCACCACAUUGGCAACCGAGAGAUCAUUGCUUUGAGUUCCUUAUUAUCAGACACUAUUACUGUAUUUCAACCCUAAAUUCCCCUGUGCAGAAGCCCUGUUGACAUGUCCCUGCUUUUCCCCAUCUGUUGGAAUAAUUCACUAAACUGCAAAUUGAGAAGUAUUUGCAAAUUAUCUGACCAUACUAGGAGGAAACCAUUUCCAUUACAGCAAUUUUGUCAAGCUUGGCUAAUUUAAGCUAAAUUCUUUUGCAAAUUCUUUAUCUCCCAGUUUAGUAGAUAAACACAUGUAUAAAAAUAUCCUUAUCUGCUGCAUGCAUCGCUUGUAUUUGAUUGACCUGCCAGUAGGCAUGGGUGAAUAUCAACAUCGGUCUUCUGUUCCAAAUUAGCCCUGUGUACAGACCACUAAAUUGUUCUUUCUACAUGGAUUGUUUUGGCAUGAAUUACACCUUGUAGCUUGACCUACCUGCUGUGCAAAAAUCCACCCAGCUUAGUUUUCUGUAUAUAUUUGUCAUUUAUGAUGUCAUGGGUUUUCUAUAAAUCUUGGCAAUUGCCAUUUUUAAAAGAAAAAUGUCUUGCAUGUAGAGGCAAGAGCAAGUGUGUGGCCAUUUUCCUCCUUAUUUGAGAAAUCUGGUUUCUCCAUAUUAAGUCUGUGGUUUGUUUGGUUAUCACCAUGAUCAGAGUUCCUUGCCACUUUAAGAGAUGGUUAAUUUUGUUUCUUUCGUGAUUGUCCCAGGGCUCUUGUGAUGUGCCGCCUCCUUUCAAUUGAAAUGGAAAUAAGACCCUGUUAAUGCUGCUCAGAGGGAAAUUUCCACUCCCGCUGCUGCUGUCUUGUGAUUUCAGAAUCCUAUCAGCACUUUUUUUUUUUUUUUCUUCCUGCCGCCCUCGUUUUUAUUCAUUUUGUGCGUAGGUUGAAUGAAUAGGUGAGUGUAACAGUUACAGAACUCACAUGAAUAUGCCAUCUCUGUUCUUUCAAAUGUAACUGCUGUAUCACCUCUUGGUUAACAUAUUCACUCCCAAGCACUAGCGAUAACCAAUAAAUGAUAGGCAAACACUAGCUUGUUACUACUGGUAUUUAGUUUUGUGUGUUAAAAUGUAGUUUUCUAUAGAUGUUUACUGUAUUUAAAUAAGUGUAAAUACUGUAAUAGGAUUUUGUCAUAUUCCGUAAGCAAUCGAUUUCCUGGAAUUCACAUGAUUUUAAGAUUAAUCCAUCCGUUCUCUGAUUGACCUUUUCAAUGACAAAGUGUAAAAUGGCUGCUCACCAUCUAGCAUUUAAUUGGUUUAAAUUCUGUGGGACUUGUAGUGCUCUGCCUUUUUUUUCAUUGACUAGUGACCUCCAGUGUAUAUCUUGGGUGUAGAAUGUUCCUUCGUUCUUUCUUUUUACAAACCCCACAAUCAUUAGUAAAUGCCAUAAUUCCUCCAUGGCUUUACUAAACUUACAGGUUCUGUUUUACAAAAAGCAAGCAAUUUAGUGAUCAUCAUAAUAGAAUGUUGUGAUUCACAAAUGCUAGCAAUAGCAUUAUGAGUAAAUACAUCUUCAACAACAUGCAUUUGGAUGCUGUCAUUCCAAAAGAAAACCAAAACAAACCAUUGACUUUUGUAACAACUAAAAAGUAACACAGGAAAAAAUGUUUGUUUUUUUUUCCUGUGGGUGUAUGGGGAAAAACGGCUUGCAAAAGCUGCAGAACUACUGUCUGCAGCCUUUGCAAGACCUCCUCUAUUUAUACUGGGAAGACUCAUCAUGAAGCCUUUGUUCUGGAUACUCAGUUGAUUGCCACUUUUUUUUUUUUUUUUGGUGCUUCUCAGAGAGCUUUAGUAUAUCUUACUGAGAGUGGGAUAAGACACAUGUUGUAGCCCAGUGUGCCUGCUCAUUCUAUUAGCUCUGUAGAGCUAAUACAAGUGAAAAGGGCUGUCAGGGAGGUAUUUCUGUUCUGUUAGAAAAGUACCACAUUGUAUUAAAAUUAGAAACUUUUAUGAACAAUUUGUUAUGAACAAAUAUGACAGACUUUAGCAAGCUGAAAUGCACUGUCUGGUAUGUUCCUUUUUAAGGUACCAUUCCCAAGAUUUAAACUAUAUAUUUAGCACUAGUUUGGCUUUCCAUUUUUUUCAGUUUUAAAAUGAAUUCAGUAGCCUAUUCAUAUUAUAUAAUCUGUAACAAAAGCUCAAUAAAAGUAAAAUUUUGUAGCCUGUCCAAAUUGUUAGAUUUUCGGUGCUUUUGGAAAGGCAGUACGUACUAUGGAACCGUUAUCUGGGUCUUGAAAAAUUGAUGACCUCUAUGCAUGGGAACCAAUUACCUUUUUAAAGCUUCAAGAGGUAGGACUGUAUGUAUAUUUUGUAAUCUGGUUUCUAUAUGAAGAUGGUAAUGCCAUGUCCCAGGAUCCUAUGUUAACCCCUUUUAAAUACAUCUGUAGAAUGUUGUAUUAGCUAUGUUUGUAAGUCUUCCCUGAUGCAAUGCUAACUGCAGGCUUUCCCUGAAUCCCACUUGCAAAGCAGUGCAUAGUCAUUGCUGAAGUAGGUAUAGAUUUUUCUGCUGCACUGCGCUGUUUGGAAGAUUCUUGGCUCUUGUCCUUCUUCUGCAUUGCCCUACCCCCACUGCAGAAAGCCUUAGAAAACUGCCUCUGUUCAUGCAGAAUUAAUUAGAUGAAGUGACAUUGGAGGCAGGCACUAGCCCCGAGGUUGAAAUAUUUUCCACAGUUGGGGAAAAACUAGGGUUAAUCCUCAUUCAGUAAGUGAUCGGCAGCCACUUAUAUGAAAACUCUGGCCUUGUUUAAUGACUGUUGAGAAAUGUGUAGUCAUGAACAGAUUUUUAUGUAAUCUACUAUGUGUGCAGUGUUCACGUUGCGCUGUGUUGGAUAUUAACAGUUUAUUUGUCCACUUUUAAGUGAGUUCAGCAGUGUAUAUAUGGCACAAGCUGAAUGGAUAAAACCAUGUUACAACAGUGAUGGAUAUAGCUAGGUGCUAUAGCAAGGCCUCUGUAGCUAUAACUAAUUUCAUUUGUACAUUAUGGUUUCGAGGUUAUGCUGGAUCACAGCUGACUGCAUUAUUUUAUACUUCCAAGUGCAUUUGUUUUUUUAAUUUCUUUUUAUCUCAGUCUAAAUCUUUUUGUUUUCAUAUGUUCUUGUGUAUUUGCUUUUCACUGGUAGACUACGGGGAAAAGGUGUUAGAAAGUCUGUUCAUGUGCGAUGGGACUGUGAAUGACUAGGCCUGGGCUUCCCACUGGUCUAACGAGACUGUGUCCACAGGGUGGCAUUUAAGUCCCCUUUAAAUCGAGCCAGUCCACUUGAACUGUCUGCAAGUGAUUUCACUCAUGAGUCCUGAAACUGAGAACGGAGUUUAAAAAUCCCACUUUGGACUGCAGAUUUUAAUUUUCUUUAUUUUUUUUUCUUUAAAGGAUCGCUAUAGGGUUAGGAACACAAACAUGUAUUCCUGACCCUAUAGUGUUAAAACCAACAUCUGGUCCCUCAUGCCUCCAUAAAUAUAGCAAAUUUUUACUGUAUUCAAGUCUGAAGCUGUAACUCUGCAUGCUAUUUGCCUCAGAAAAACAAGCAGUCUGCUGACCUCAUCAGAAGUGGUAACCGAUCCAAUCACAAUGCUUCCCCAGAGGAUUGGCUGAGACUGACAAGGAGGCAGAUCAGGGGCAGAGCCAGCAUGAUUCAAACACAGCCCUGGCCAAUCAGUAUCUCCUCAUAGAGAUGAACUGAAUCAGUGAAUCUCUAUGAGGAAAGUUCAGUGUCUGCAUGUAGAGGGAGGAGACACAGAAUGUUUGGAUGCAUUUUAGGCAGCCAUGAUCCAGGAAGGAUCUCUAAGCCAUCUAAGGAGUGGCCAUUGAAGUUAUCACUAGGCUGUAAUGUAAAAACUGCAUUUUCUCUAAUAAUUGUUCUCACCAGAACAAACUCAAUAAGCUGUAGUUAUUCUGGUGACUAUAGUGUCCCUUUAAUGGUUGCAUUAAUAAGGGGCUGUCCACAAUGUCUCUUCCUCCCCUGUUAACCUUAUUGCAGGAGCUUGAGUAUGUACCUGAUUUUGCAAAACUUCAUCCUGCCUGUGCUGCAUAUGUGUGAACCCUUGCAAUCUCAUAUGCAGCACUUCAGGGAGAGAUGGAAUGUAAACACAGACCUUAGGUGACUUGGAAGGUGAUGAAAGGCUAAUGUUACAAAUACUACAUUGUAAGGUAAAUGACUGACACUUGAGUAACUGUCAAAGAGAUAAGCGAAAUUAGACACCAUACAGUUUGACUGUUCUAAAUUGCUUUUAAUGUAGUACUGUUAGAGAAGCCAGUUUCAACCUCAGCCAUAAGAGGGCCUGUUUCUUUCAUUAGAGGAUUUUUGCCACCCCCUCUUCACCCCCCACUGAAUUUUUGGUUUACAAAUGAAAAUGCCUCGGUUUACAAUUUUUUUUUAUUUUUUUUUUUUUCCGCAAUACAAGCAAGUUUUCCCCAGGAUGCAUUGCAUCUGGGAGGUUUAUAGCACCACCCGCUGCAUGCUGGAGCCUGUGGGUAGCAUGUGGCAUCGAGUGUGGAGGUGUUGGAGCGGCUUCUGCAUCAAGUUUUGGAGCCAUUCUGGAAAUUGUUUGCAGUUGUUUUGGGACUUUUUGGGGCAUUUCUCAAGCUGUGGAAAGGUUGGGAGCUGAGCUUCUUUGUUUGCAUGCCUUUUAUUGUGUGUUCUGCAUUGUGGGUUGGUUUCCAUGCCAGCUCAUUUUGACUUUUUUUUUUUUUUUCUGAUCUCCAGAACGGAUUAAUUGGUUUUCAGUGCAUCCAAUGGGAAACCGCAUUUCGGUUUACAAAUUUUUCGCCAUAAGAAAUGUCCCGGAGAAUGCAUUAAAUUUGUAAACCAAGGUCCCACUGUGUGUGACACACAGACCCAUCCAGCCACUCUACCUCCCUGGGAUCCAGUGUGGGGCAGCUCCUCACUCCUGGAUCUACGUCAUUCUGGCUCUUGGCAUUUGUUGGCAGAGCAGGCACCUGCCAUCAAGGUAAGCAGGUGCCUGCUCUGCCUUACCUAGCACUGCAUCGAAAGUGCCCUGGGGUGGCCAGAUGGCCACCUCUUGGCGCCCCUCCUUCGGGCGCUUUGAGGAUCGGCCCGGCGUUGGGGGUGGCACAAGAGCCGCUCACCCAGCGCUGCGGCCCCAGACUGGGCAAACGGCUCAAGACGAAACAUGCCGGUGCUAUAGGCGAAUGCCUAGUUAGCCUAACAGUUGCGCCAGCCCUGACUAUCACACACAGGGACCAAAUUUUUGAGCAGUGUAUCUUAUUUCCUUAUAGUGAAUACAUGUCUCUACAUUUAAUUCACUUAUCCCAUGACUCUUUCCUGAGAAGAUUGUUAGACUGUAAAACUGUUGCAAAUUCCUUUGCAUAGAAUCUGUACCACACCCAUCUGUUGGAUGGCAAACUGUUUAAUUGGUCAUUCCCCAGAGAAUCCUAAUUCCAGGUGGAGAGAUGUUUAACGUGGUAUUCUUAAUGCUUUAUUUUGUUUUUCCGCGCGUGUACGUAUUUGAGAGACCCACCCAUCCCUACCCUUCUUAAAUUUUAUUAUAUGACCGGAUCCUUCAGCCAUAUACAUACACCUUGGGUCAGAACGUGUUUGAAAACCUCCAUGUAGUCUAUAUGCGCAUGUGUGUAUGUAUUACUCUGGACAGCCUCAUGUUUUGUAGGAGUAUUGCCAGUGUUGAAAUUCCCCAUAGCAAAACAUUGAAUCAAUGCUAAUGUGCUUGCAUUAGGAUGUCUGAGGAGAAGUCCGACCCAGUGCUGGGCACUGAAAUCAUGUAAGUGUUUAAAGGUGUGUUUGUGUGUUUUUUUUUUUUUUUUAACUGGGGGGGCAGUGCUCAAAUAAUCAUUAUGGUGCAUAGUGGCACUAGAACAUUUAAAAUACUUUUGUUUUCAGAACACUAUAGCGUUCCUUUAACACAGAAUCUACUUCCUUUUAAAACUUGAUAGAAAGGGUCUUUGUAUUUAAAAAUAUUGUUGAGGUGACGUUCUCCUGUUUCUAUAUCAAAUAUGGCGGUUUAAUAUCAUAUGAUGACGUUGUCCUGACUAACGGGCGAUGGCACUCGCAGCCUGAUAGCGCCACAAUAGUUCAACAGGCUGUUGUGGUUAUGAUACUUUGUUUGCCCAUAGUCAGAUUUUUGGCUGAAAUUAUUCAUAGAAAAGAAAAAAAAGGUAAUCAACUGGUACAAAGUGCUGCAUACUAUUGGUGCAUUUGAAGGGACUACAAAUUUAGUUUUUUAUAAAUAUUAUGCAAUUGUAAGCUCAUUUGUGCAAGGGUGUUCUUCACCUCUUGUCUGUGUUAAUAUUCUAUAUGUCAAUUACUUGUGCAAUAUCCUCAUUCUCUAAUUGUAAAGUGCUGGAGAAUGUGUUGGCGUCGUAUAAAUUCUCAUAAUAUAUGCUACUAAAACACUUUUUGGCUCAUUUUGGCUUUAUUAUGUUAAGCCCAUCAACUGAAUACUAGUAUACCAGGAUAGAUGGGUCUAUAAUGUAUGACAUAGGAACAUUUCUUUAAAGUCCUGCUACUGAGCAGUGAAUGUCUCAAGUUGUGGUUAAUAUUGUUAUAGUUUAAAGUAACACUUUAGACCUGGUGUGACUGUUUAGGUCACUAGCCCCACUCAGACUGCAUUGAAAGUGAUUUCACUUGCCUUUUCUUAAUCGCUACGCUGGCCUUCUAUGGAGAUCAUCUUCUUAAUAUCAGCCAUUCCAAUACUAUCUCAUUGGUAGACUUCCUCCACAGGUCCCUUGUGUGUCCCGUAAUUGUUAAUGAUGCCAGAUGAUGUCCUAUCCUGGCUUCCGGCUCACUGCAGGGCGCACGAGGGAGCUGUGUUGUAAGAGCACAGUAUGUAAAGGGUUCCCUGCGGACUGCAACUGUACUAGCCUUACCGGGUGUCAUGCGGCACACGGGUUGAACACUCCUGCUUUAAGGUACAAGUAAAAUUUUGUGUAUCAUAUUAAUAUGCUUUUGCAACUCAUGAUGCACUCCACAGAAGGUGGAGUUACCAAUGUUCAAUCUCUGUACCCAUUGUACAGUGCUGUGGAAUUUGCUGGCACUAUAGUGUAAAGUACAGCAUUGGUGCUUAUGUAUAGUUUGUGUUUUAAUGCAGGAGUGUCUGAAUGUAAUGUUCACUUUUUAAUGCGGAUGUACAUUUGUGUGAAGUGUGUAAUUUUUAUUUUUUAUUUUUUUUUAAUGCAAGAGUGUUUAUUUUGUGCUGGUGUUUGACUGCUUGGAUGUAUGCACACACACUACUACAUACAUACUUUCACAGAUAUACGUGCACAUUGACACACAGAUACAUAGAUGUACGCGCACACACUCAUACGUGCACGCGCACACACAAGACUUUUUUUUUUUUUUUUAUCUCCAUGCACCCUCCUGUUGGCUUACUUUGUAUGUGCAGGAUGGUGGCUUUGAGUCCUGCUGUGUGUGAGGGGUCUGGAGCAGCUGUGGACUGCUGCGGCUGCCUCCUCUCCUUCCCGCGCUUUCUCUCUGCAUGACACUGGGAGGAAGGGACGCUGUCAUUUCCUGCCAGCCGGCUGACCUUACAGGGCCCCGGUCACGCAGUUAUGUUUCGCGGUGCUAUAAUCCUGGCACCGGGGAACAUUCCGCGGCACCCCUGCCUGGCACACAGUUUGGGAACUGCUGAUGUAUACAAUAUUGAAAUAUAUAUUGUAGCAAUUUAAUAACAAAUGUUACAAAUAAAUGAACGUGGCACUUGCAGACAAAAAGAACCGUAUGCAACACUGGACUGGUAAUGUCUGUCCAAGUGGUAAUAAACUGAACAGCCACAACAUUAAAAACAGUGACUCGUGAAGUGAAUACCAUUGAUUUAAAUUGUUACAAUGGCCUUUGUCAAGGUGUGGGAUUUAUUAGGCAGUAAGUGGUGUGUGUGUGGGUUUUUUUUUUUUUUUUUUUCAGUUCAUUAAUUGAAUGUGUCGAAAGCCAUUCAAAAUAGGUAAGUGAAAAAUUCUGAGUGACUUUGACAAGGGCCAGAUAGUGAUUGCUAGACAGCUGGGUCAGAGCAUUUCCAAAACUGCAAGUUUUGUGGGCUGUUCCCUAUAUACAGUAGUUAGUACUUACCAAAAGUAGUGCAAGGAAGGACAACUGUUGAACGGCAGGGCAAUGGGAAUCCCAAGGCUCAUUGAUGCACACAGAAGAGCUACUGUAUCUCAAAUUGCUGAAAAAAAUGUCAGAACACACCAUGCAUUGCAGUUUGCUACAUAUUGGGCUGCGUAGCCACAGACCAGUCAAUGCCCAUGAUGACCCCCUGUCCACCACCAAAGUGCCUUCAAUGGGGACGUGCGUGUCAGAACUGGACCAUAUAGCAAAGGAAGAAGUUUGUAUGAAUUGAUCACAUUUUCUUUUCAAUCAGUUGUGCAUCAUUUUACCUGUGGAAGAAAUGACAGCAGGAUGCACUAUUGGGAAAAGGCAGGCUGGUGGAGAUAGUAAUCUGCUCUGUGGAAUCUUGUAUCUUGGCAUUCAUGUGGAUGUUGCUUUGUCACGUACCGCCAGGGAACAGAACUGUCAGGAAAUUUAUUACAUGUAUUUGUCAUCCAGUCUCAAUUUUAUUUAUAGUAGUCACAAUGUUACAAUGAAUUCUGACUUGCCAUAGAGUGGGGCUUCAAGUUAGUUGUGACUUGAGAUCCAGCUGUGUUGGGACUGUUUGUACUUCUUGCAAAUAGGUGGCAUUGUUUUUAAUCUCCUGGUGUAUGCUUCCUCCCCUCUAUGGUGCUUCCCAAUGAAAUGAUUGGUGGCUGCAACUAAUUGAUAUUGGUUCUUACUCUUUGAGGAGAGCAACUUUGUUGUUCCUUUUUAAAUUUCUUAAAACAGUAAAGAAUAGUAACAUUUUGGUGUGAAUUUGUGUUUGUGUCUCACUGAUCUAGUGUAUUACCUUGUAUAGAUCAAAAGAAUGGUGUAAUAUUCAAGCACUCUGUACUCAGCCAGGAGAGGAAUUCUUGUCUUCUAGUCUCUAGGAAUUUUGUUAAUCUACAAGAUUCGAAGUAGCCACCAUUUUGUGUGUGUGUGUGAUAUACAUAUGAUUAAUUUUAUAUAAUCAUACUUCAAGUUACUUGCUAUCUAACAGUACUUAUGUUUCCCCACUUUGUCCUCCUGUAUUAAUUGGUUGAUUUGUAGGUGGCAUUCUUCCUCUCAGUGGCAGAAAGUUGGACUGGGAGCUGUGAAAGAGCCAUGCCCUGCUCCUGUCAUCAGUCAUGGUUGAUCCCUUUUCCUUUUGGUAGUAAAAAAGUAGGCAGUACAGUUUCUUCCUAUGAAGGGAGUCAUUGUUUGUUUGAAUGCAGCUUCUUGGUCACUGACACUUAAUCCUGCAAGGUCUAUGAGGUUAGCCUUUUUUAACCCUUUUGUUUCUUCAGUCCUGCAAAUUUAUCAGAAUGUAUACCUAAUUAAAACUGAAGCGGCUGGUCUUCUUAACCUCAUAUUACUCCUUUUAACCUUUGGGUUGAUAGAGAGAUUCUUGUUUGCAUUCCAUACCACUCUGCUACCAAGGAAGGUUAAAUUUAAACUUUGCAAGGUGCUUUAUUUUAGGUCACUGCAACAGCAUUGUGUGUUGUGAAUAGCAGGUUUUUACCCACUACCAUCUAGGAUAAAAAAGCACUUCUAAACAACCACAGUAGACGUAAAUACUUGCGUUGCGUGGUGAAAUUUGUAUUGCCAUUUUGGCUGUAGAUACGGAUUGAGAUUUAUUUGGUUAAAUCUAAAUAGUUUAUGAUGAAUAUAAAUGUUCUCAUAUAAUCUCUUUACACUCUCUCUCCGUUUUCUCCAUCUUCCACCAUUUUCUUCUGCAAUAGAUAGCAGAGACGUACAGGUAUGUUCACACAAGUUUAUUACAUAAACUUGAUACAGUGAUGGCCCUGCUCAAACAACCUCGCAGUCUAAAGGAUGUAAAUACAUUGGCAAAAAUUUUAUCUGCAAAACAAUAAGUUUAGCUUGCAAAUUAAAGGGACUCCUGCAGUGCCCCUCUCCUUCCCAACCCCCAUCCCAUGUUGCUGAAGGGGUUAAAACCGUGACUGACCUUGGCACUAGGUCAGGUUCCGCCCCCAGCGUCUGCCGGCGGAGGAGACCUAAUGCGCGGCAAAGGCAGCACGGGCAUUAGACUUUCCUAUCGGGAUUCCAGCGACACUGGAGGUCCUCAUGUUUAGCGUGAGGACGUCCAGCAUCGUUUAAAACACAUUUUUUUUGGGAGGGGGGGGGUUUAAGAACCCGGAAGUCCCUCUCGUGGCUGUCUGAUAGACCGCCACUAGAGGAGGAUUUAACCCUGCAAGGUAAUUAUUGCAGUUUAUAAAAAGGGUGGUGAGUUUGCACCCAGACCACACCAAUGGGCAGAAGUGGUCUGGGUGCCUGGAGUGUCCCUAUAAACAAAGGUAGAUGGCUUCUUCAAUUUGUCUAUGUCUGUAGUGUUUUACGUCAUUACUGAAGUCCUGAACAUGUCGGGUGCUGGCUCUUAAGCAUCAUGCUUUAUGUGGAUGAAAUUAUCGUUACUUACAACACCUAUACAUUUUGUGGUCCCCUCCCCUCUGUCUUUGGGUUAUGGGGCUGGUCAGGCAGUAAUGUAGUUAAAAUAAGUAAUGUUGCUUUUGCGGUUAUGUGAACACUCUCUACCCUGGCAUCUGCUGUGACUGCUUUGCUACAAACCCCCUUACACUGCACAGUUGGGUUUAUAGCAAUUAGCAUGUUUUAUUAAACCAAGGGUAGUCUGUGGGGAUUCUUGUUUCAAGUAUAUUGUCUAAUUUUUUUUCCUUCAGGAAAUAAAGCUUAGGUUUAUUUACUAAAGAGUGAAUGGAGAAUAUAUAAUUUUUUUCUCUUUUAUUCUGCUAUCCUGUUUUCAGGUUACCAUAGCUUAGUUCUCAGAAUAUUUAGUUUAAUUGUAAACUGUAGAAUCAACUGCUGUACAAUAAAUGCCUCGUUACCACAUUUUGAAACUUUGUUCAGGUUAGUUCUUAAAAGCAUUCUGAUGUAUCCUUUUUAUGAUUUUUUUUUUUUUUUUUUUUUUCAGUCCAUUAUAUAGUUUUUGCUUUAAAACUAUGCAAAAAUAAACAAUGUUAUCCUUUUGACAUUAUUGGAAGUUUCUAUACCUGCUGUCUAAUGCUACCCAGUAGGUGUAAACCUCAAAUCAGAUGGGUGAAAUCACUUCACAAACAAAUGUCUUGCAUUUUAAAAAAACAUGGUUUUUAUUUUUAUUUUUUUGCAUUGUCUUUUAGGCCUCCCGCCCUGCUCAUGGGUGGGACGGGGACAAUAGGUAUUCUCCACCCCCUCUCCCAUUAUUCUCCCCUCCCCCCCGGGCCCUAAAUGACAAUAAGGCACCCCUAUUGUCAUUUAGGGCCCCAACCUGCUGUCCAUCCCCCCACUAGUUAAUAGCUGCCACACCAUGCAGGCUGUUUUAGAGGGGGCUCACUGUUUAGUAGACAUGCCCCAAAUCACAGCAUGGCGUGUAGGGGCAUUCGGGAGAUUUCAGUCUUCCUUAUGCUAAUAUGGGGGUCAGAGUUUGGAAGUGGCGGGGAGCACUGCUCCCUGUUGCCUCUAUUUUUACAUAUUACAAGGAGGGAUCUGUGAGCCGGUAGCGCUCUCCUUGUAAUAAACUGAACAAGCGAACACCGAUUUUUGGUGUUUGUUCGUCUGAAAUUUCUAUUUGCUCGUUCGUCUUUCUGACGGAUGGAUGAAUGAAUAGACGAAAUUCCAGUCCGAAUUUUGGACAAUGGCGAAUGCCUCCAUGUUUAACUGGGCAUGCACAGUAAUUUUACAGCGUAUGCCACCGGGCCUUCACCUGCCCACACAAAGAUGGCGGCGCCCAGGACCUAGAUCCAGGCACAAAAUAAAGAUUUAAAAAUGGGUAAUAUGAGGGUUUUAGGGGCAUUUGGGGGUGACUAGGAGGAUGGGGGGGCAAUUAGAUGUAGUGUAGUCAGGAGAGGGGUUUAAAAAAAAAAAAACGCACACAAAGUGCAUUCAGAUCAAAUUUUUUUUAUUUAACUUACUGUAUUUUUUUGAGAUUGAGACAAAGCUAUUUCUUGAUGCCUGACUAGCUAUGCAAACCUCCAUUAAAAAUGGUACAUACUGCAAUUGUUACAUGUACUUGCUGUUAUUGGAUAGCCUCUUUUGUGACAGCCAAUCACAGUGGUCCUAGCAGCAUCAGUGCAUGCCAGCAGUAGCUCAAUGGCUGCUGAUCAUGUUGAUUAGUAGAGGUAGUGUUUUAUAUAGGGUCAGAUAUCCCCUCGAUUUGGUGCAAUGUAGUAUGGUGUCACUCUAUCAAACAGAGUUUGAAAAGCAAUGGAGAGGCAUGUCAUCUCUAAUUUGAUUGUAAAAAUUACACUAAUCUUGGAUAAGGUUUAGUUGUGGGGUAUUGUGCUCUGGAGAUGCAACAGAAAUCAAAUCUAGGUGUGUUGAAGUUGUAGGACACACAAGAUCUGUGAAUUUCUUUGUUCAGUAACUAUGAAAAUAUUUAUUGCUAGGUUUGUCAGAAAUUGGUAAUGACAUGGAUUAUUAUGGAACAUUGAGUCUUCAGUGGCCAAGAUGUUUUCUUUACAUGUGGUAUGCAAGCUGAGGACUUCUAUUUUGUCCAAUAAGUGACAUGGGCCUAGUUCAAUAAUCUGUGAGAAUUGGGAAAUUUUCAUGCUUGUAUCCUGACUCUCUAGAACUUCAUAAAUCUGUCUUUAAAAAAAUUAAAAGGUGUAGGAGUACACUUAAAGAGAAAACGUUAAACUACAAUGGAACAAAUGCAUAGCAAAAGUACCAUAAAAGUAAUGGCACUUUAGUUUUCUACAUGUUUACUUAUUAUAGGCAUGUAUAAACUUUAUCUCUGUACUAAAUUGUUAUAAAAUAUUGUGCUCCUAUGCUCUUUGCAGUUAUCCGUGGCAAUGUGUGUUCUGCAUUAGAAGUAUGCACCAGUGACUGUUUUCCCUGACGUGUGUGUGUGUGUGUUUUUACUGUUUGAUCGUAACCCUUUGGCGGCUGUUAACACAGUCCUGUUCAUGAUAGCGUUUCCUAAUAUGGUAUUUUUUAAUCGGUAUAGAGGGUAAGACAGGAACCACUUCACAAUACCCUGCAAGCCUCUUUAGAGAACAAGUGAUUGAUAUGCUGUAAGAGCCUGUUUGGCCAAGAGAGCGUUGCAGAGAUGACAGGAACUCGAACAGCACCAAGAGAUCCUGGAAAUGUAGGGCUACAUAGCUUAGUAAUGGUAAUGCACUUCUUAACACUGGUUUUAACUAUUUUUAUGUAGAACCGCAUGCCCAAUACUGACAUAUCAGAAAAGAUGGUGAGCAGUGUGAAUGGUAACAGGUGCUACAAUUUUAUGGAGCUCUCAGUUUGUUUAAAAAUUGCUAAAAGCCUAAUUAGGCUGGGAUUUGAAGAAAAGAAAAACCUAACUCAAGCUGUUAAAUUCUGUAAAACAAAGUGUAAACUGCCAGUGGUUGGCAGUAGUUUUAGACCUCUGACAUUGUGGUAACUCCGCACAUGAUUACCUAUGACCUAUAUGUAUAGAUUCCUAAAUAUAUAGGUGAGGAAGAACUACUGAAGUAGCUGAGAUUGGAUGUCCUCUGACUUUAAGGUCUGCAUAUUGUAUGCUAGAUAUAUAUAUGACUUUAACCAUGUAUGAUUCUUCUCUCCCAACAGCUCUUAUCCUGCUGUUUUACUUGGUGUUCUAUGGCUUUCUGGCUGGGCUCUUCACACUUACCAUGUGGGUCAUGCUCCAAACACUGGAUGAUACGGUUCCCAAGUAUCGGGAUAGAGUGUCUUCACCAGGUAAAAUAUUCUUAUCCUAAUCACCUUAUCUAUCCAUCUGAUGUCAACAUGUUUAGCUUUUGCCUACUCUAACCACAGUACUAAGGCCCUCUUUUUCCUAUAUACUUAUAGUAAAUUAAACUCUGUGGAACAUAGAAUGUGUAGACUGAGUGAAAUGAGUGCCUAGCAUAUUCCUUUCUUAAUGUGUGUCACCUUGACCUUUCAGCAGGAAAGUUCUUCAUUGGGUGCUUAUUCUUAAAGGAUUACGCCAUCAAAAACGUGUGGUUUUUAUUUUUUAUACAAACUAAAAAAAACGCUUAACUGCCAUUCUUCACCAUGGCCAAGUUCUCUCUAUAACCUGCUCCUUCUUCAGUGACUAGAGUGGAGGAGGAGAGAAGUCCCAGAAUACUUGGACUGCACAGGGGGUGGCGGGGGGUGAGUGUGCCUCUAUUAGUCGUCUGUGUAAAAGUGUAUGUAUACACUCUUUAUAUGAAUAUAUCAAUUUGGUAAUCAGGCCUAGAAUAUGAAAAUGUGGAUUGGAAUUUAUUAUGCACUGCGAAUUUUCACCUACUGUUUUCUUUACCUUCACCUGUAGCUUAUGAAGGUUACAGCACACUUCUUGAAAACCACUGAUUUAGUACACAACCUUAGUUUUUGAAUGAAGUAGAGAAGACUGUCAUUUUCCGUAAACACCACAUACUGUCGGUUUCUUAUGGCAUGAACUUACAAAGUACAUGUUCUGCCUAGUCUGGUGUCUUUUAUGAAUAACUUUUGCUUUUAUUGGUCUUUAAAGUUUUAUCACUUCAAAUAAUUAAAUCCUGAUGAAAGUUGUCUGCUAGGAUGUGAAGAGAGAUAAAAUAAAAGUGUUGUAUGGCAUGUAUUUCCUCGUACUUGUCAGCAAUUUCAUCCUCAUUAUUUGUUUCCUUUUUGUAAAUCAUCAGAAACUAGACCCUUCCCUAAAGGUAAAUCUGCCAAGACAAAAUUGUUCGAAACACGUUACUCAGUAAAAUAGGUGUGCUUGCUGGUGUCUUUUAGCGGCUGUAACAGAACUAUGAUGACUUUGAUUCAUGUUUGUUAUGCAGUGUGAUUUCUAUACCGUCCUGUCGAGUAUGAAGCUAAUAUGACAUAUUUGUGAUCACUGUACUAUUCUCUUGUUUUCAGAGUCCAUGGAUUUGUGUCCGAAUAAUUCAUUAAAUUUUCUUACAGUGGACAUAUACACGUCUUAGUAUGUUAGCGUCUGUUUAUGCCGUCCGUAUCACAAAUUUGAAAGGGAUAUUUGAUUUUGCAUAAUUGAUUUGCAUGUUCUUAAACCUAAUCCAAAUCCGUAUUUGUCUAUAAACUUGGGUUCUAAUCCAUUCUUUUUAGGAUAUUGUAAACCUACUUGCUAAGGUGUCAGUGUACUUUUAGUUGCAAUAACACAAUAGCUAUCUGUUGGCUACUUGUGGCCUAGAUGGAUGGCCUGCAUUAGUUUUAUACUCUAGUUGUUAGACAGCAACCAUAAUUCUGUCAGUGUUUGUGUGUUUUUUUUUUUUGUUUUUUUUUAAGUCGGUUUAAUUUUUUUACUCCGUUGUGCUGACAAGUUAACUGGAACCUUUUGGCAGUUUGCAUUCAGUACUUGUCAUAUAAACAAACCUGGCUUACUCUUGCUAACUUUGUCACUCUUGCUAACUUUGUCACUCAUGCUCUAAUGGGUUCGCUUUAAAAUCCAUCACAACAAGCUCACUGUAAGCAGUACGUCAGUGGCCAUAUCAUAGCACCUUCCCCCAGUCACCGGCACAAAAGCUUCCCACACUUGGGCUACACUAAAUGCCACACUACACUGUCAGCCCUCUGACACUACUUUGUAAGCCUUGUCUCCCUCCUUUUCUGGGAACUGCAACAACAUCCCAUUUAUAAAUGCAUUUUUUUUUCUCUCUGAUCUGUAAAUAAGAGUAUGGUAUUCAUGUCAGAUGUUGUGGAGCUCUGUUUGGUCCCACUGAGAAUUCACAUAUGUUAUUCACACUUCAAAUUUAACCUUUACAUUUAAGUUUAACCUUUUACACAGAUGUUGGUCAAAAAUCUAUGGCUGUGCCUUCUGUCAGGGUUAAGCAGUGAUUUGGAUUAGGUUGGAUUUCAAAUUGAUAAUUUUUAAAAGAUCUAAUCAGAUUUGAAAAUUGCUCAUUGCUCUCAAUUGGUGUGUUCAAUGUGUGUUGUGUGUUGUACACGGCUUUCUGUUUAUAAAAUCAUAUUUAGUUUGCACCACAUAAAUGGUUGUCAUAUUUACCUGUUACCGCUCUUUUCAGGUCUUAUGAUUUCUCCUAAAUCAGCUGGUCUGGAUAUUAUGUUGCAACCUCAGUCAUAUGAUGCAUAUGUGAAAGCUCUUCACACAUUUCUAGCACGUAAGUACACCUAAAGAGUCUCUUAUACCAAGACAAACUCAAAGGUCAAAAUGCUUCAGCAUACUAAAUGGACAUGCCAAGAAACUGUCUGCUUAUCUCCUAUAUAUAUCGCAAUUGUGUGUUUGAGGCCUGAGGUAUAAAAUUAAGUGAAGAAAUUUUACCCCCCCCCCCCCUGUAUUUAGCUGUAUCCAGAAGUACCUGGCCAAAUUUAUCUUUCUGUCAAUGAUUGCCAUAAGAUGUGCCUCAUUCUUUUAUUGAGCAUUUUAUGUGCAGGUCAAAGGUUUCUGUUUUUUUUUUGUUUUUUUUUAACACCCCCUAAAGCUGUACAUGCCAGGACUGAACUGGAUUCAUGUUAAUUGCUAAAGUGACUUUCACCAAAAAUAAAAUAUCUGAAUUCCCCUCCUCAGAAAAAGCAUGGUGACUACUUCUCCUUAUAUAUAGCUGUCAAGUUGACCAAACUUAACAGUGGGCAUUGCAAAGUUAAUGUUUCAGUUACCAAUUAAAUUUACCCACAAUCUUCAGUAGAAUCCAUCACAAUGAAGGCAAAUGGCAGACUUUUUGGGCAGAGGAGAACAAAAUAACUGUGCCCAGGUAUGGAGAUUCAGCACAGGGAAAACAAGAUAAUAAAUGUUUUAGUGUCCCUAGUUAUAAAGAUCCUUUUCCCCCAGGGAUAAUUUUAAGCAUUACUGCCUUUAAUAGAAUUCGUGUGCGUAAUAUAGCAGAUAUCAGAGAGGCUGUACUUCAUGGGCGCAAGUCUUUUUUUCAGCAUGUGCAACUUUGUAAUACAGCAGUUUCCUCGGGGACAAAACAAAAAGAUGAAAAAAUAUGCAGAGGUAACAAGCUGGUAGGGUGCUAGUUCAGAUAACAAAUACAAUUUGAGAGCAGAUUACAUUCUUACAGCUUUCUUUGUUAUGCAUUUACACACACACUAUUACUAAAAUGCCAUAUUCUUAAAUUAUAUAACGCAAGCACACUUCCCUACACACCUUUUACAAGUACAAAAUUUACCAUUAAAGGCUAGAAUAAGCCAAUGUGAUAUAACAUGGAAGCAGGUGGUGAAGAAUUAACGUUCCUUUUAAAUUCUUGCUAUGAUCAGAAGGUCAAUUGUUCAGUUCUCAGCAGGGUUCAGCUUGACCUGUUACACUCCCAGAGAGAUGGAAAAUAUUUGAGUAUUGCUAACUCUCAUUGUGCCUAAAUUAACUAAUUAUGUAAAUGGGUCUAGAACACAAAUUACUCAGUUUGAUAUUUGUUUACUUGGGAUCCUUCAUUUAAAAGUUACACUAUAAUAGUGUGAUUACAUGUUGGGUUUAUCUUCAGACCUCUUCUGUUUAGCAUGUUGUUAUUCAUGUUUGUUGAAUUUGGGAGAUAGUUGUCAAAUGUUGCUGUUCUUCUUUCACCAGCAUACAAUGAUUCCAACCAAGUCAAGAAUGAGCCUUGUAAGACAGGUCUAUAUUUCAAACAAGAUGAACCCGGUGAGAAGAAGUCAUGUCAGUUUAACAGGACCUUUCUGGGACCUUGCUCUGGGAUUGAAGACCCCACCUUUGGGUAUAGCACAGGGAACCCCUGUGUGAUCGUCAAAAUGAACAGAGUAGGUUUACACUGCACCACCUAUCAUUUUUACUAUGUUUUAUGGCUUUAUGUUUAACCUGUAAACUUUUUCAGAUUGUUUAGGUCCCAACACCAACAUUGAAGUAAUUUUGUUAAAAGCCUUACGUCUGUCAAAUUAAAAGCUUUCGCACGACAGGGCUGGAAAUGUUAAUACUAUGUAUAUGGAUGUGGGGGGGGGGGGGUUGAGCUCACAGCUGUCCAACAGUGAUACUACUGGAAGAGGCUCAGUUACUCUGAGUAUCAUAACCACUUCAUGCCAAUGAAAUUGUUAUAUUGACUUUGGUCCACUGGCACCUCAUGUACAGUUACCGGUUUGGCUUUCUCUCUGGAGCUGCUCAGCAAAGAUUGAAUCAAGUCAGUUCACACUCUCGGCCAGUAUAUGCUGCCUCAGCAAUUGCAUGUGCUGAACACAGAGAGGAGGCUGAACUGGCACCUAAAGGACUCCGCUUCAUAUCAUCAGAGUUCCCACUUUAAUUGGAAAAGUGUUUAUAGUGCACAAAGUGUUUCUUUAAUUGAUUUGGCUUUUAUCAACCCUCGACCCUAAAAGUUCAUUAUUUAAUAUUGAAUCUCCAUGCGGAAUUAUUUUUCAUUCUUUAUUUUACUCAAGUAAUGGCUUGUGAAACAUGUGAAAAUGGUAAUGUCAUUAAUGUAAACAGAUGUGAUUCCAUUGCCUAUUUCCAAACCCUUCCUGUAAGCUAGCCCUAGACUCGAGAACCUUUACUGUUCAUGUAUGAGUUUUGUUUUGUUUUUGUUUUUUAAUUUUUUUUUUCUUUCCUUAUUUUAGAUUAUUGGAUUACUACCGCAAGGAAAUCCAAAGAUAAAUUGCACUUCUAAGGUGAGGGAAUUUUUAUCAUUAUGGCUAAAUGGUAUAAUUGUUAAUCACAGAGAUCUGUGAUAUUCUAGCCUUUGACGGGUUAAAGGAACACUAUAGUCACCUGAAUUACUUUAGCUAUAUAAAGCAGUUUUAGUGUAUAGAUCAUUCCCCUGCAAUUUCACUGCUCAGUUCACUGCCAUUUAGGAGUUAAAUCACUUUGUUUAUGUUUAUGCAGCCCUAGCCACACCUCCCCUGGCUAUGAUUGACAGAGCCUGCAUGGAAAAAAAACUGGUUUCACUUUCAAACAGAUGUAAUUUACCUUAAAUAAUUGUAUCUCAAUCUCUAAAUUGAACUUUAAUCACAUACAGGAGGCUCUUGCAGGGUAUAGAAUGCUAUUAACAUAGCAGGGGAUAAGAAAAUCUUAAACAGAACUUUCUUUACAGGAAGUGUUUUAUGGAAGGCUGUGCAAGUCACAUGCAGGGAGGUGUGACUAGGGUUCAUAAACAAAGGGAUUUAACUCCUAAAUGGCAGAGGAUUGAGCAGUGAGGCUGCAGGGGCAUGUUCUAUACACCAAAACUGCUUCAUUAAGCUAAAGUUGUUAAGGUGACUAGGGUGUCCCUUUAAAUUGAUUUAAUCUAACAAUAGUGAUAGCAGGUUUGAAAUUUUAAUUUCCCUAAAAUGAUUGUUGCAAUUCUAUAUGCAUUUAUUGUACGAUCUAAAGUAUGUACAUAAAAAAAACAUCAGUUUUAAAGGACCACUAUAGUCACUGAGAUCACUUCAUCUUAAUGAAGCAGUCUGGGUGUAGUGGCCCUGUCAUUGUUCCCCUUCAAUGUAAAACAUUGUGGUUUUCUAGAAACCGCAAAGUUUACACUGAAGAGUUAAAAACACCCCUAGCGCCUGAUUUGUGGCAGCCACUAGAGUCAAACACUGUCCUGCAGUGAAAUGUUGCUAAUAUCAUUUGAUUGGAUGAGCGCUGCACAUGCAUGUCUCGUCCACCAAUAUUUCUAUUAGAACCAUUUGAUUGGAUGAGAUUGCGGAAAAUGUCUGCAGGCAUACUGAUGUUUUGGAAGUAUGAUAGAAGGAAACCUAUUGUCCUGGUGGGGUGGGGACUGCAUUUUUGGGACUGUAAAUUACCCUUAACUGCCUUACCAUAAAGCUAAAUUAUUUCAGUGUUUUGUCCCAAGCUUAUGGAUUUCGGGUUCUGCAAGACAUCUCUAAUGUAGCAUCUUUCCUGUCAAAGAAAUGAACAGUGAAAAUGUACAUGCAUAUAACUCACUCACAUGCAGACAGGUCAUUCUCAUUAUAUACAAGUCACAUCACUUUCUUGUUCUUCCAUUCUGCCCUCCUCUUUGCCUUUAGAAACCUAUAGCUGGAGAACUGUUUUAACAUGAUCAGUUUCAUUCAUUGUAUGUGGAAUGCACUCUAUAUUUGAGCUAAACUUACAUGUGUGUUUAACAAAUCCACAGCCCACCUUUGUCAAGAAUUAUGUAUAGCGACAGACAGACUUAAAGGAACACUAUAGGACCAUAACUAAUACAGUGAGCUGUGGUGGUUAUUGUGUUAGUGGAGCCCCCAUCCAUGUAAGUAGACAAACUGUUUUUGAAUGGUUUUACUUCUUACCUGGAGUCCACAGUGCUCUUCUGCUUUGCUCAACUACUAAUGCAGGGGAGACUGAAGUUGCUGAGAAAGAACUCUGGUUAGCUCUCCUGAGCUAAUCCUAAUAGUGCAUGGCUAACUCAUGAAGAGCCUGUAGCUGAGCUGGGAAAAGUUCUGCUUUAUAUUAAUAUGUUCUUAAAUUGUUCAAUAGUCAAUUAAGGGAGAGCUCCGGGGCAUUCAUAACCAUUACAGCAAGCUGUAGUAGUUAAGUAUGUUAGUUUGUAUUAGUUUGUAUCUUUUACAUUCAUACUAGCUCACUGAUUCACUGGCUGUUUACUUUUGUGACUUUGUAAGUGCCUUCUUGGUGUUGUGUAAUAAACCUUUCAAAAUGUUUGCAGUAUAUGGGAUAACCUCUCAUUCAUUUAAUUAAUUUUAAACUAUUAUAUCUGCAGAGGGAUGAUGUGGAAAUGCAAUAUUAUCCAGAGAACGGGAAGAUAGACUUGAUGUAUUAUCCUUAUUAUGGAAAGAAAACUCAUGUAAGUUUAUGGAUAAAACCUAACUCUCAAUGUGUGACAAUGUAUUUUGCUGGUGCACUGUUCAACUAAAAGUUGUGUAUUCAGAAGUAGAUGCUCCAGGCUCUGGACCCUGUUAUUCGGUUUCCUUACAUCUACUUGUCCUCAGUCUAUCAUAGGUGCCUACUGAUUCUCUUUCUGCUUUCUUUUGAUUGGUAAGCAGAAGGUGAUGGACAACAUGGUUACAAACAUGGGUGUUAAAUUCAAAAUAAUUUACUUUAUUUUUGUCUGACCUAUUCCUUUUUAAGUAAAGGAACACUCCAUGCACCAUAACCACUGCAACACACUGUAGCGAUUAUGGGGCCAUGAUGCCCUUGCUUUCCCCCAUUAAUAAGUCAACCAGUUUGGGAAGUUUGACUUUUUACCCUGGGGUCCACCAGAUGCCAGUAAUUCCUCUAACCGCCGGAAACUCUUGGCAUUGAGCGAGCACAUUAAAAAAAAAUAAAUAAAUCAUUGUUUAACCCCUUAAGGACACAUGACAUGUGUGACAUGUCAUGAUUCCCUUUUAUUCCAGAAGUUUGGACUUUAAGGGGUUAAAGGAAUACUCAAAGCAUCAUUACCACAACAUUCCUUUUAACAAGUAUCCCCUCUCACACUUUACCAGUGUUUGGAGAUUUGUAACCAUUUCCACUUUUUACAGCCUCGCCAGGACCCCAUUUAAUAAUUUACCAAGCACCACACAUCCGUGCUUAAAGGUAAUUCACAUUUAUUUUAGUCUUUUAUUACCAUUCUAAUUCUUGCAAAAUUAUUCCCGCUUCCACUCCAGUAGAUAACAUAUUGGCUUUAGUUCUGUAGUCUUUUGGAUUUAGUGAGCAAAAGUUAUCAAGUGAUGAUAAAACUGCUGAUUUAAAGCCAAAAAACUGUCUGUGAGAAACUGCAUUGGUCUUGGCAAAUUUUAGGCGUAUCCUCCUGUAGCUCAAAAUUAAUAAUAAAACCAUAAGAUUAAAUGUCCUUCCCUUUCCCUCCCCCCCCUCCCCCUCCCCCUUCCUUUCCGGUCCACAGAACUAGCCUGGCUAGGCCGCAGGAUCGCUUUCUGCAAUUUCUGUGCAAGCAAUCAUGCUUCUGGUCCAUAUACGACAAUGUCUUCACUACAGGAACUUGUCAUCUAGACCACAUCACUAAGAUCCAGUGGUCUAGAUGCAUUGGGAGUCCCUUUACUCUCCACUAGCAAGUUCUGCUAAAUCAAUUUUAGUUACCCCUUUUCUCUGGGCUGACUGCUGUGUAGCAAAUACAAAGUAUAGGAUUGUAUUCUCAAAUUGCUACCAUUCAAAAUGGUUUAUAGCAGUGGAAAGAAUAUACUGCAAGAUAGUAGUAGUGUAAUUGGAGGAUCAACAAAGUGUUUUUUUUUGUUUUUUUUAAAUCAAUGCUGAAUUAAUAAAUGGGAAUAAAUCCACCUUCAAAUAUGGUGUAAAAUAAUAAUCGACAUAUCUAAUGUAUACAAAGUGGAGUGGAAGUAAUGGCCCACCUCCUCACAUAAUGGGAAUACUUGUACACAUUUAGUUGUUUUUAACUUGUUAUCCUCCUAUAGGCAAAGAGCAUUAAUUUACACUUAUGAUGUAGGCAAGUUGAAUCCCCUUUGCUUCUUGGCCUGCUUGCUUUCCUGAACUUUGAAUUUCUGAUGCAGCGUGUCACCUGAUUUUAUUUUAGUUGUUUUUGCUCUAUGCAAAAAGUGUUUUAGAAGUUCCAUCUAUAACACAAGUUGGGCAUGAAAUAUUUUCUAUUAAUACAGGUUUGAUUUGGUUUUGUGGUUAUUAUUGGACAGUUGUCUCCUCCAUUAACCUAUAUUAACAUUUAACAGCACCUUCACACACACACACACACCACCCUGGCUGCGCACGCCUAUGCCUAGUUUAGAGUGUUAAAGCCACAAACACAAGACUGUAUUGAGGUAAUAUAUUAUGAUAAAGAGAAAUGUAAAAACGUUUUUACAUUCUGUCACCAUUUGGGGUCUUUGCAAAUUUUGCAAAGGCCCUAACGGUGAUUGCUCCCCUGGUGGUCUGGCUGCGCUGUUCUGGGGGAAGCUUAGUUUUUACUUGCCUGAACCUGUCCUUUGCAGCUGCCACCAUAGUGUUGAUGAUUCUCUUUAAAUCAUGACACUUCAUCUGCCAGGAGAACAUAGCCGUGUACAACACCAAGGUCUGUGUUUGUUUUUUUGUUUUUUUUCUAUAUAUGUUGCUGGGGGAAAUGACAGAACUUGACAUCUGUUUUGCCAUCUUUUGUCAAUUGUAGAAAAUAUACCAAGUCAACUUAGUAUGUUUUUUUUUAACUGCAUUAGAAUUUCAGUGAAAUUUCAACACUGUUAAAGUGUGUAUUUCAGAAAGAUUAUUUUUAUAAAGAUGUUAUCCUUAUGUUAUACUCAAUGGGGGGACUGUGGUUUAUAGAGCUACUUUAAAACUUAGGGAGGGUGGGAUAAACAUGUAGUUGUUUCCAGGCUUGUGUGUUUUUUUUUUUUGUUUUUUGUUUUUUAUGUUUACGGAUGGUAAGGUCAAUCCAUUAUGGUGGAGGCAGUAUUUGUAGUUCUUGUGACUUUAGCCCCUCCAAGAUGACCUUUGAGAUACAUUCCCUUUCAUUAUGUGCCAGGAAAGUCCUUUUUAUGUCCUCUGUGCUUUAAUCUCCACUUGUUCUAAUAAUUAAAAUUUUAAAACAUUCCGUAGAGUGUAGCACUGGCUGCAAUCUCUCCGCUAACCCUGGCUUCCCAUUGUCUUCAAUUUGAGCAUCGGUGAAUGCAAAUGACAAAUAUAUCUCAACCUGUAGUGUUCCCUUUGCAUAUACUAUUCACACACGAGAAGCAUCUGCCCUUUUCUGUGCUCAGUGAGAUAUUGUGUGAUCAAUGUGUAGCAUGACCUUUUAAGGUUUUUAAAGUUGGCAACUUCUAAAGUUGCCUUGUUGCCAGGAAUUUAUGAAUUUAUUUGCAGAGAAACCAUUUACCUCUUUAUGUAUAUAACACAUUCUAUUCCAAUAUAUUUAUAUUCCAAGAAAAAAAGUGGGUUUGUAAAAAUGCAGUAUGCCUGCUUUUUUAAUACAUCACACCUGUAACCUGUGUGUGUGUGUGUGUGUGUAUUUAUAAUCUCUAUAUAUAUUUUUUUUUCCUUACUACAGGUGAAUUAUGUCCAGCCUUUAGUUGCAGUGAAGAUCAUACCAAGAAACCUAAACAGCACAGAACCAAUAGCAUUUGAGUGCAAGAUUCAUGGAUCCCCUAACCUUAGGAAUGAGGAUGACAGAGACAAGUUCCUUGGUCGAGUGACAUUCAGAGUCCUAUUUGAGUAAUAGAGCAAGCAGCCAAUACAUGGCCAGUUGCAUUAUUAAAUUUUAUUUUUUAUUUUUAUGUUAAUUUGGCCAGACUUGCUAAUCUAGGACCUGAAACCAUCUGGAUGGAUUAUGUAAAUGGCACAUGAUUCAGGGUAGCAUACCAAUGUGCUUCCAAACAUGAUGCUUUAACUUCUUUUGUGCUGAAGAGGGAAAUUACGCAUUCCUGGCUGCUCCAGCUCUGAAGAGGUUAAAAUUCCCUUUACACAGCCUCUGCCUGCCCCGAUCAGGGGCCAGUUUACAAUUCAUUACAAAAUAAAUUAUCAUUUCAUAUUAGGGGACCUGUAAAUAGCUGUUUCCGAACAUAAUACUGGUGGUGUUCGUCCUAUUUUUGAUGUGGUUUUAUCCCCUCCCCACCUCCCUGCCCCUUCUGUGAGUGUUUCAAGCUUAAUGUGUUGUGCUAUGUAAAUAUUUAAUUGAUUUAACACUGGUUUAACUGUCAUAUCUCAAACGCCUACACAGUUUUAGGGAACAAAGUGACAAAACACAAGUAAAAAGGUACCUGACCAACAUGUACAAACAAGAAGAUAAUUAUAAAAAAAAAAGGAAAGAUUUUAUAACCUCUGCAAGAAUUGUGUGUCUUGUGCAGAUGCCUUAAAUCCUGUAUGAAACAAGAAAAAUAAAGUGGAUUUUAAAAAUGAUACCAUGUCCUCUGUUUUUAGUUCUUCUAAAUGAAAUGUUUACCGUCCUUAAAUUUUAUUUAAAUGGAGUUGUGGUGCUGCAAGAUCGUUUUGUAUAAAGGUACAAUUAUAUUGUUACUUCGUUGGUAUAAAUUAGAUGUUUCCUCG